ACCAUGUCAUCUGACUCAAGUGUGUCCAAUCUGCCAUUAGUGGAUAAACUCAUCGAGGAUGAAGCAGAGAGAGAGAUUCUGCUGUCUAAACCAGCAUGCUUUAUCAUCAUUGGGAAACCAGGUGUUGGCAAAUCUACUCUUGCCAAAAAAUUAGCCAAGAUCUGGAAUUGUAUCCUCAUUGAUGAUACAGAUACUCUCAAUAACCACAUCAGUAAUGAAACAGAUCAAGGUAAACAGCUCUUUAGGAUUCUGGCUGAAGGGAAAGCAGUUCCAGAAGAGAUUAUGUUCAAUUUAAUCGUUGAUCGUCUCAAGUCACCUGAUAUUAAACAUUACGGUUAUGUUCUGGCCUGCUUGCCAUCAAUGUCAGAAGAGUACAUGAAGAUACAGGAGCAAAUAGACUUGAUUAAAACCCUCAAAAUGUCUCCAGACUUCAUCAUCAACAUCAAGUGUGCAGACAGAGACCUGAUCCGCAGGCUAUCAGAGGAGCGUCAGCAUCCAGAAACAGGUUGUGUGUUCCCGAAGGAGAAGUGGGAUCCUGACAAGAAAGAGUCAUUCAUAAAAAACAGCAACAUGGAGGAGGAGGAAGAAGAAGAAGAAACAACAGAGGAUUUGGAGGUAGAGGAGAUGGAAGAGUUGCAGCUACAUAAAGACGUGAUCGCACAGCUUGUGAGAGUGAGUGAGAAUUAUCCAAAGAACACCACCAGCAGAAUCAGGUGUUAUAAGGACAACUUCCUCAGGCCUCUAGAGGAUUACAUGGCGGGCCAUAAUCCCCCGUAUUUAUUUGAGCUGGAUGGAAACAAGGAUCCAGAGGAGCUCUUUGAGUCAGUAAUGUCUCGUUUGGAGUUUAUGGCAGUGAGGUGUCCAGCCGUACCCGUGCAAUUGAUGCCAACAGAGGACGCAGAGCUUACUGAUCAGAUGGAACCGGAGGAGCUCUUCCAGACUCUGCAUUCCUGUAGGAACGUUGCACCAGGCUUUCCUUGGCGAAUGAGUCGAUGGGCCUUUAACUGUCCAGUGGCUCUCAAACAGGGCAAGGUCAUAAAAGGCAAACCAGAAUUCGCCGUUGGAUUCAUGGAUAAGAUCUAUGUCCUUUCGUCAGACGAUGCUCUGCAGAAGUUCAUGGCGAAUCCUCGAUGUUAUCUUCUGCAACCCAUACCACACGUGCCCUGCAGGGUGUCUGUGAUAGGCCCGCCACGUUCUGGAAAGAGCACCACGUGUGGACUGCUAGCGGAGAAAUAUGGGGCGGUAGAGGUAGAUGUUGGGGAGCUGAUGGAGAGAAAUCAGGGUUUGCUGCAACAAGACAUGCUGAAUAAAGUUCGUCACGAUGCCACAAUCGCAGGCCUCGAGAAGGUCAGGGCCAAGAUGGAGCUUGAAGCUACAGGUAAUGUGAAGGCUAGUGAGGCAGAGGCUGAUGAAACCCAUUCAGCAAUAGAGGUGACAGAAGAUCACCCAGACGUUCAAGCUUUUGUGGAGGACGCUAUGAAGGAAGCAGCAGAGUCUCCAGCUCCACGGGAGCUUUAUUUGGAGGCCCUUGAGAAGCACAUUAAAGAGAUUGAGGAUGCAGAUGCUGAAUGUAAAAGAGGAUGGAUACUGGAUAUUCCCAGCAGCAGAUCUCAACUGAUCACCAUUGAGGAAAUACAUGGUGCUUUAACACCAGAAAUCAUAUUCUGUCUGAAAGACAAUGAUAGAGAGGGAAGGACUGUACUAACCAGGAUGUAUGAGCGGAAUAAAGAAGAAGUGGAUCAAGGUGUAAUGACUCGCCUACAAAACCAAAGGAAACUGCAGAUAACACAAGACCAUGACACACUGAAACAUUCUGAGGUCUCAAACAAAGAUUCACAGCGUUCUGACGUCCCAUCCAAACUAGAGACAUUACAUGAGGAGUCAGAAAGUUCUGAUAAGUCUGACGAUGAAAGCAAAACACCAAGCAAGAAUGAGGUGGUGCUGCCAACAGUGUGGGAAAACGGUCAUCCUGAUGGCCCAGAGAUGGAUGUCUUUAAAGUGCAGCUGAAGCAGUUUGUGGCAGAUUGGGAAAGCAUGGAGCAAACAAUAACCUGCAGCUACGCUGUACUGGAGAUUAACAACAAAACCCCUCAGGACAUCCUCCAAGAGAUGACUGUUCAUAUGGAGAAGCCAUUCAAGCACACAGCUAUAAUGACUUCUAGUGGCGAUCUGGAGGAAGAGGAAGAGGCUAUACAUAUGCUGAUACAGGCUGAGAAACAAGACGAAGUUGUUGAUGAAGAAGAUGAACAAGAAUCAGAGGAGGAAUUCAGCUUUAAGAGGCAGCUAGGAGACACCAAGCAUUUUUGUCCAGUGGUUCUGAAAGAGAAGGGUCUGCUACAACCAUGUCUGGAUGAAUAUGCUGCCAAGUACAGGGACAAAGUUUAUUACUUCUCCAGCAAAGAAGCACUGGAAAAGUUCUUGCAGAACCCUGAACUCUAUAUCUCCAACACAGAACUACUAAAGCCACCUGCACUGCGAGUCUCCAUGCUAGGAGUGAGGGGUUCUGGGAAGACGACUCAUGGGAAGUGGCUUGCCCAGCAACUGGGAAUUUUCCACAUCCAGUUUAGAGAGCGUCUGCAGGAGCUCAUUCAAGGAAAGACCCAGAAACGUGUCUCACCUGCUGAUGAUUCAGAACCGCCUGAGGAACCUCCAGAGGAGCUUCAGAGCCUGCUGAAAGCUCAUGCCCGGAUUCAGAGCACAGAAUCACCUACAGACCAGGACAACACCACCAGUCAUGAGGAGACUGCAUCUGGUAGUCCUGAGGCAAAGGAAGAAGAAGCAUUGACUGAAGAUCAAGAGGCCAUAAAAGCAUACCUGCAGAACGGAGAUCCUCUCCCUCCAGAGAUACUGGAAAUGCUUUUAUUUCAGUGGUGGGACCAGGAACCCUACAAAUCCACAGGGUUCAUUCUGGAGGGAUUCCCCCAAAACCACGAGGAGGUGUCCUUCAUGGCAGAGCAUCACUUGUUUCCAGAUGUGGUGGCAGUGAUGUCGGUGGAGGUAUCUGAGGUGGUGCGGCGUCUCCUGCCUUCACGGCUCAACCGCUGGAGAGAAAGACGGGACCGCAAACAACAACAGAUCCGUCUGGUCAUGAAACUGCGGAAAGAAAUCAGGGAGCGGGCCAUCGCUAAGAGAAGAGCUGAGAUUAUGGCUGAACGGGCAUUCAGGAAACUCAGCCCACCAACUUUGAAUCCCCUCAAAGAACAGGAGGAGGAGGAUGAGGAGGCAGAGGUGGUGAAUGAAGAGCAGGAACUGGAGGAGAUAGAAGCCAUGCUGUUGGAGGAGUUUCCUCCUGAAGAUGAAGACGAGGCUGAGGAUGAGGAAGAGGAGACAGUAGAAAGUGCAGAAGAAAGGCUAGAGGUGGAGAUCAGCGAGAGGUUUGAGAAGGAUGAUGACAACCUCACCAGCAUGACGGACCUACUAUCAGACAACCAAAUUCCCCGUCUUGUAAUAAGCGCUGGUCGUUUGCCUCGGAUUGUGAGGUACCAGCUCCUAAAGGAAAUCAAACCUCUGAUGGAAAACAGAGACUCACUGUUUCAGACGUGUCAGCCAAUCAGCUACAGUCUUGCCAGGAGACUCCUGUAUAGCUCCUUUAAAUAUCCCAGUGCUUUCGGGUGCUGGGAUCCUGUUAAGUACACCGAAGGAGAUUUGAUCCAGCCUCCACAGGGCCCUUUCCACUCCACCUUUCCAGUCAUCUUGCACCAGUUCAUCUACUUUUUUGCCUCCAAGGAGACACGGAACACCUUCAUCCUCAACCCAAUCAAAUAUCUCCGUCAACCUAAGCCCAACCCCUCCCUUCCCAUCAAGCUGGCGAUCAUUGGCCCACCCAAAUCAGGCAAAACCACAGUGGCCCAGGCAUUUGCACGAGAGUAUGGUCUCACUCGUCUGUCAAUUGGAGAUGCGAUAAGAAUGGUGCUCAACAACCAGGCCAAAACUGAGCUGGCUUGUCAGGUGCAGAUUCAUUUGAAGCAGGGUCUGACUGUACCUGAUGAACUGGCCAUCCAGUGUGUGGAGGUGGCUGUGAUGAGCCUGGACUGCAGCACUCGUGGGUUUGUGCUGGAUGGCUUUCCUGUGACCAAGUGUCAGGCUGAGUUACUGGAAUCCUGUAUUAUUCCGAUGGUAGUGGUUGAGCUGCAACUGGACACGGUGGAAGUGUUGAAGAGAGGACUGAAAGACAGAGAAAAAAACAACAGGUCUCACCAAGUGCAUCAUGACAGCCUCCAGGCCCUAAACAUUCGCAACUCUUGCUUCAGACAGGAAGCUGAAGCUGUGAGGCUACACUUCCACCAUCAGUAUCACAACUGGACCCCUGUUGAUGCUCACAAGAGCAAGUGGUGGGUCCAGGAGCGCAUUUUAGAUGAGGUUCGCAUUAGCAUGGAACACAUUCAUUCUUACCUAGAAAGGAUUCACAAAGGCCAGGCAGCCUGUAUAAACCGACUGUGCAUUACCCCACAAGAGCUCCAGUGCCGGCUGGGUGAAUUUAAGCACUACUGCCCUGUUAGUUUAGCUCUCCAUCGCCAUCUAGUGGAUUGUUCGCAUAACACCUCACUGGAAUUGGCUGCAGAGUUCAAGGGUCACUUCUACAAAAUGGCCAGCAGGGAGUUUCUAGAGAGAUUUCUAGAGUCUCCGGAGCAGUUUGUGGCACCAGGUUGCCCAUACCCAUUACCCCCUGCUUCACUCCUACCUCAUAAGCUCACUGCGGGACAGGUGAAGAGCAGGUUCCCUCAGCAGGUGGAGAUGAAGGGGUUCUGUCCUGUCACUUAUCUGGAUGGUAAACAAAGGUACGAGGCUCUACGGCGUGGAAAUAUGGAGUAUGCUGCUGAGUACCGAAAUAAGAUCUAUAUUUUUGAGAGUGAGAAGAAACAAGAGCAAUUUCUCCGAUCACCUGAGAUUUACUGGGACCAGAAACUUCCACAUAAGCUGCCUCCAUUGGAAGAUCCAGUCUUACUAACAUCUUUACCAAUCCUGGGCUAUUUGGAACAAAGCGUGGCAGUGCCCAUAAUCAAAGCCAUGACUGCUGUUGGUCAACUCAAGCCAAAGUUUCCAUUUCUCGGUGUGAAGAGAUCUGCUAUACUUUACCUGGCCUUUCAUCUAAAAGCAUUCAACUCCAGGAACCCAGAAUAUAUUCGUCAGAAGUACAAAAAGAAGCUCCAAAAGUUUGAGGAAGGCUGUGAGCUCAUCUCAUACCUGAGCACCACCAUGAAGAUGUACAGAUCCCCUCACGACCUGCCAACAGAAUUUGCAGAAAAGCUGGACAGGUUUCUGGCCCUGGAGAAGUCCACUAAUACAGACUCAGGCCUGAUACAGCUUGGGGGAAUCUAGAAUAUUCUUGGGGGGAUCUAUAUUUUAGUAUUUCAUCAGUGCCGGUUGA